GGCAUCGAAUGCCGUAGACGCGGGACUGUUCAAUUUGACAAGCGUACUACCAGAGCUAUAUUAUCGGAUUCUGGUUGCAUUGCUGGCGGCUUACUUUUACAAAGCACCAGCUAGCCUGUGUAGCAAAUGUAUCUUUCUAAACAAUAGUUUUAUUUUAUACGUAGACUGAUGUCGGUCUACUUCGAAAGUAAUUGCUUUUUCUAAAUUACAGUCGACUAGCCUUCGGAAAAUCCACAAAUUGGAUUAAGAAAAUCCGCCUGUGAUAGUUAGCCUAGCUGCUACAAAUUUGCCUAGCCGCCAGUUACAGUAGACUAGCUAGAUUGUGCAAGCUAACUUCGUUAACUUAGUCAUGGAGAAUAGUUAUCAACAGCGUUUUGAUUCAUCUGGUCGAGAUGGAAAACUGCGGAAAAAAGGUUUCACUGGAGCACUUGGGGCGUCAUCCCAAGGCACUUCAAGUUUCGAGGAGGGGGAACGAAAACCAAAGUUUCACGUGAGCAUCAGACACCUGACUGGCGACGUGCUGGACAGGUUUGCCAGUAUUCGUAUCCCAGGCAGCAAGAAGGAUCGCCCUCCUCUUCCUCACCUAAAACCUUCCUCCUCCAGCGACUGGUCCUCCUCCUCCUCGUCGGCCGAGUUUGAGGAGCUCUCCUCCAAGAUCACGUCUGAGAAGGAGAUCCUGGCUCUGUUUGAGAAGAUGAUGGAGGACAUGAACCUGAACGAGGACAAGCGGGCUCCUCUGAGGCAGAAGGACCUGAGCACCAAGAGAGAGAUGGUUCUCCAGUACGUCGUCACAGCCUCCAAAGCCGGCAGCUUGAGGAGCAGGAACCAGGUCUCUCCUCAGGAGUUUCUGGGAGAGCUGAAGUCUGGAGCCACGGACGAGCGCCUCUUCGCCUGUCUGGACUCCCUGCGUGUCUCCCUCACCAGCAACCCCCUCCCCCCUCCCCCGCCCCCUCCUCCUGCACCCGGGGCCCCUGGUGGCCCGCCCCCCCCUCCACCGCCCCCCUCCGCUGCCUGGCGGCCCCCCUCCUCCCCACACGCCGGUGUGCCUCCUCCCUUUGGCGCCCCUCCCCCCCACCCCCGCCAGCUUCCUGGAUUGUCCUCGCCCCCCCACCACGCCCUGCCUUACGGCCUGCGGCCCAGGAAGGACUUCAAGCCCGAGACCUCCAUGAAGCGCCUCAACUGGUCCAAGAUCCGUCCCCAGGAGAUGUCUGAGAGCUGUUUCUGGGUGCUGGCUGACGAGGAUCGCUAUGACAACCCCGCGCUGCUCAGCAGACUGGCGCUCACCUUCGGCUGCCAGAGACCAGCCAGGAGAGAGGAAGAGUUUGAACAGAAGACCUCCAUCAAGAAGAGAGUCAAACAUCUGAAGGUGCUGGACCCAAAGAUAGCUCAGAACCUGUCUAUCUUCCUGGGGUCCUUUAGGAUGCCCUACCAGGAGAUCAGACGGAUGAUCUUGGAGGUGGAUGAAGAGCAGCUCACUGAACCCAUGAUCCAGAACCUGGUAAAGCACCUUCCAGAACAGGAACAGCUCAACGCCCUGGCCCAGUUCCAGGACCAGUACUCCAGCCUCUCUGAACCAGAGCAGUUUGGAGUGGUGAUGGGCAGUGUGAAGCGCCUCCGCCCGCGCCUCAACCACAUCCUGUUCCGGCUGCAGUUUGAGGAGCAGGUGAGCCUGCUGCGCCCGGACAUGCUGGCGGUGAGCGCGGCGUGCGAGGAGGUGCGGCGCAGCGUGGCCUUCAGGCGCCUGCUGCAGCUGGUGCUGCUGCUGGGGAACUACAUGAACGCCGGCUCCCGCAACGCCCAGUCCUACGGCUUCAACCUCAGCUCCCUCUGCAAGCUUAAGGACACCAAGUCGGCGGACCAGCAGACCACCCUGCUUCACUUCCUGGCCCAGGUGUGUGAGCAGGAACUCCCUGACCUGCUCCACUUCCUGGAUGACCUGCAGCAUGUGGACAGAGCCAGCAGAGUGUCUGCAGAGAACCUGGAGAAGUGCCUGAAGCAGAUGGACUGUCAGCUGCUGCAGCUGGAGAGAGACCUGGACACCUUCUCCUCCCCGCUCCAGGACGACCUGUUCCACACCAAGAUGGCUAGCUUCGUCCAGACGGCCAGGGAGCAGCAGCAGAAGCUGGUGGUCACGCACGCCAACAUGGACGUCCUGUACUGCAGCAUGGUCGAGUUCUUCGCCGUCGACCCCAAGAAGACGUCUGUGGAGGAGGUCUUCACCGACCUCAGCAACUUCAGGGCCAUGUUUGCGCAAGCCCUGAAAGAGAACGUGAGGAGGAGAGAGGCGGAGGAGAAGAAGAGGAGAGCUCGUGCGGCCCAGGAGCAGGCGGAGAGAGAGAAGCGCGAGAGACAGCAGAAGAAGAAGAGACUGCUGGAGGGCAACGCAGACAACAACACAUGA